GUGGUGGCGGCGGCAGCGGGCGGCGCGAGACGGUGCCGUGGUCCUGGGCCGCUGGAACGCGGGCCUCGCGCCAGGCGGGACGGCUUUGCGGAGUCGUGGGAUGUGAGGAAGAGGGCGACAGCUGCAGAAGUACUGGCCCGAGGUAUCGUUUUGGACGCGCCUGAGGACGGGCCCCCAUCCAUCAGCCCCCGUAACCGCGGCGUUUCCCGUGAGAAAGGCCGCGAACUUCCAGGCAGAAGAUGGCCAAGGAAAGGUGCCAGAAAAAGUCCUUUCAAGAUAGUCUUGAAGACAUAAAGAAGCGAAUGAAAGAGAAAAGGAAUAAAAACUUGGCAGAGAUUGGCAAACGCAGAUCCUUUAUACCUGCACCAUGCCAAGUUAUUACCAACACUGGUGCACUGCUGAAAAAUUACCAAGAUAACAACAGAAUGCUAGUUUUAGCUUUGGAAAAUGAAAAAUCCAAAGUAAGAGAAGCCCAGGAUAUCAUCCUACAGCUAAGAAAAGAAUGUUACUACCUUACAUGUCAGCUGUAUGCACUGAAAGAAAAACUUACUUCACAACAAACAGAAGAUACUGCUCAGAACCAGGAAGUAUGUGUCUCAGGAAUGGACUCCAAUAAUGAUGACAACCCCAGGGACUUAUUUGCAAAGGAUUUACCGCAAGAUCCUCUUCAAGAAACUGGCCUUCCAGGACAUGGAGAAUCACUCCAAACAGAAGAGCAAGUACUUUCUACUUCUCAAGACACAGUGGGAUCUGCUUUUGAUUCAGGUGAAGCUAAGCCUACUACUGAUGUCUUACCCAGAACUGUAUCACUCCGUCGCCACAUAAAGGAGCAUUUUAAUACUCUAAGUCAAUUUGAUACUUUGGAUGAUUUUGAAACCAGUCACUUGGAAGGGCAGUCUUUUGAAUUGGAAAGAAACAGGUAUGUAGACCCAGUAGGAAACAUGCACAUAUCAAAAAGUGAAGAAAAAAAUGUCUGUCAGUGGAACAAAGACAAAAUGAAUUUAUCACCAAGGCUGACUCAACCAGGAAAAUUUACCAAAAUGAAAGAGGUCAUUUUAGAAUCUAAAUCUGAAGUAAAAAGUAAACAUACAGAGGUACAGCUUAAAAAAAGAGAGAAAAGAAAAGCUAACAGAAGAAAAUUGAAGUUUACAUCAAAGUAUAAAGGGAACAAAAGUAAAAAUAAGAAAACUGUGUGCUCUCAAAAAUUGGAUCAAUCUGUCAGUUCCACUGAUGCUUACAAUUUUAAUUUGGAAGAGGGCGUUCAUCUCACUCCUUUCCGACAAAAAACAAACACUGAUUCUGUCAGAGAAGAAAUCAGCAGUAAGUCUGAAGUGAGCAUCUGUGAAUCCAGCAGUUCUGGAGACGAUUCUGAUGAUCUCUAUGUACCCCACUGCAAGUAUACUCCGAAUCGCACAAGCAUAUCAGAUAGACCCGUCACCAGGCCUCGAUCAAAAAGAGCGCUAGAACACGCAGAUGAACAAAAGGUGGAGGAUUCAAAGCCAACAAAAACUCCUCCUAGUGCAACACCUAAGACUCGCCCAUCACCUUCAUCCCAAAAUUGUAGCCUGAAGGAUAUCACCAAUGUUCUCUUGUUUCCCGAAAGAAAAACCAGGAGACUUUCUCUUUCUCCAAGAAAGGAAAGCACACCCAUGUGUCUCCCCAAGCGCAGGUGCACGAGCAGCGUGAACUAUAAGGAGCCAACACUAGCUUCGAAACUAAGAAGAGGAGACCCUUUCACAGAUUUGUGUUUCUUGAAUUCUCCUAUUUUCAAGCACAAAAAGAAUUCGAGAUGUUCUAAAAAAAGUAUAAAGCAAAUACAGUAAAUCUCUUUUUGGAUGCUGCUUAAAUGUAUCCUACUUCCUUUUCUGUUGCUCCAAUAGAGAAUCUGUAAGAUAGUGCACAAGUAGGUGGAACUAUUGCCAUAGAAUAUUCUCUUAGCAGGACCCUAAAUCCGGAACAUUUCUUUAGAACCAUACUUUGUAAUUGUUUGAUUUCUUUAUACUGCCUAAACCCUUUGAUUUUACUCAAAAUAUACCAACAUUUUAGAAAUUAUAUAAUUUUCUGGCAUCUUUUAUUUUUCCCUUAAGUGUGGGAUACUAGAGUAAUGUUUUUUAAAACUAGGAUGGAGAUCUUUUGUAAAUCCUUAUAUAAUUUUUGAGUAAAACAAAUCUUUGACAUUCUUAGAAGGUAGACCCUAAGUUUAUGGAUCGCUUAUACUACUGUUGUAUUUGAUUCCUCAGAUAAAAAGUUUACAAGUCACAAUCAGAGAAACAGUGGCUGGUCAGGCUUAUAAUCCAGUUGAGGGAAUAGUUAUGGUCCCUGAGUAAAUGUUCAGAUUGCACCUUGAAAAAACCAUACAUUAACAUGUCAUGGACUCUCAGAGCUCCUUACUUCGGCAAAAACCUCAAAUGUUAAAUAUAUGAAUACUAAGAGCUUUUCUCUGUUUUUGAUCAGCCAAUGAGAAGACAUUAGUUCAAUUCAUGUUUGACAUGUACACUUGUAUGCACCUCUUUAAACUUGUAAAUCGCUAUAGUUGGUUCAUUUUUAAAGAAGAAUAAAAUGUGUGUAAGAUAAA